AAUCUGUCACUCACUCCUCUCUCUCUCUCUCUGCUUAUUCAUUCUCACUCCGCAUUUUCUCUUUGAUUCCCGAGAAAGCCUUAUUGAGAGAGAGAAAAGAAGGUUCUCCAAUGGCUUCAUCGUUUCAGAAACUGACGAGUGCUUGUUUCGUCGUACUCCUCAUCUUUGUCGUAUGCGCUCUCACAGCGACGAAUCUCCGGAACAACCAAGUCUCUCUGUCGAGGAAGCUGAAAACAGAGGAUUCGCAGAGCUUUAACAAUUCAACAAUUGCGAUCAGGCGUGAAGGUGUGGAGUUGAAUGAACACGCGGUUGCUGAUCCCGACCAGGUUGCCCUCCUUCAGACGAACGAACAAAACAUUACCGAAAGGAGGAAGCUUGGUUUCUUCUCCUGUGGGAAUGGCAAUGUAAUAGACGAUUGUUGGCGUUGUGACCCUAACUGGCACAUGAACCGUAAACGCCUCGCCGAUUGUGGGAUGGGUUUUGGUAGUAACGCCACUGGUGGUCGUGACGGGCGUUUCUAUGUCGUCACUGAUCCAACCGACGAAGACAUGGAGUUUCCCAAGUCAGGUACUCUACGCCACGCCGUCAUCCAAGUUGAGCCACUAUGGAUUAUCUUCAAAAGAGAUAUGGUGAUAACCUUGAAACAAGAGCUGAUUAUGAAUAGUUACAAGACUAUUGAUGCUCGCGGUGCUAACGUUCACGUAGCCAAUGGUGCUUGCAUCACCAUUCAGGGUAUAACCCACGUCAUCGUUCAUGGUCUGCACAUUCAUGAUUGUAUAAGAACUGGGAACGCAAUGGUCAGAAGCUCGCCUUCUCAUUAUGGAAUGAGGAGUAUGUCUGAUGGUGAUGCUGUUUCAAUAUAUGCGUCAAGUCAUAUCUGGAUUGACCACAACUCUCUCUCUAAGUGUGCUGAUGGUCUCGUUGAUGUUGUCAUGGGUUCCACUGCCGUUACCAUUUCCAAUAACCAUCUCACUCACCACAAUGAGGUCAUGUUGCUAGGAAACAAUGAUUUGUACACACAAGACAAGAAUAUGAAAGUGACCAUUGCGUAUAACCAUUUUGGCGAGGGACUUAGACAGAGAAUGCCAAGAUGCAGGCAUGGAUAUUUCCAUGUGGUGAACAACGACUACACGCAUUGGGAAAUGUACGCUAUUGGGGGAAGUGCAAACCCAACUAUAAAAAGUCAAGGCAAUAGAUAUGCUGCUCCCAAGAACCGCUAUGCAAAACAGGUCACAAAAAGGGUGAGGACAGAGAAAAGUGAGUGGAAGAAGUGGAACUGGAGAUCAGAAGGAGACAUGCUAGUGAAUGGAGCAUUUUUCAUACAAUCAGGGGAAGGAGCAACAGCAAACUAUGAAAGUGCCUCGAGCUUAGCAGCUAAACCAGCUUCUAUGGUCGGCUCAAUCACUUCUACUGCAGGUGCACUUGGUUGCCGCAGUGGCAAACCUUGCUACUAAUACCAAUAUACUUCUCUCUUAACAAAACCUAACCCCUUUUACACGUAUUUUCAAAGUGUGAAAGUUUUUUUCUUUUAUCCUUUCCAAGACAGGGAAUUUGGUUAACCUCUGCUUGCUUCUCCUUGACUAAAGAGGAGCAGAGACAAGAAGCGUUGAUCAAUUCUUUUUGUCCUUAGUUAAUAUUUGUAGUAAAUAAGAAUACAUUUGCUAGCUGAAUGCUUAUGAUAUGGACAUCUAAACACUAAACAUAGUGGUUGAUUA